AUGGAAACUGCGUCGUUUAGUCCUUCUUCUCCGGCGACUCUCCCGUCGUUUCUUCUCCUCUUCCUCGCCGUAUACCUCGUCGGCUAUUUCCUGGUUUUCCGCUCAUGGAAAUCACCACAUUUAGGAGCUAGCUGCUUAAUGUCUCUCUUCCACGGCACUCCCGCCGUCGUACUGGCUUCCCACGCGAUACUAACAACCCCACGCGCCGCCGAAACAUCUCCACACUCCUUCGCUUCUCCCAACACCGCCGUUGAAUCCGCCGUCCUCGAUUUCAGCAUGGCUUACUUCACGAUCGAUCUCCUCCAUUACCUCAUCUUCCUCCCGAACGACUUCCUCUUCAUCCUCCACCACAUCGCGACGCUCUACGUGUUCGCCACUUGUCGAUUCGCGGUAGGUCACGGAGCUCACGCGCUUCUCCUCCUCUUAAUCCUCGCGGAGGCGACGAGCGCGUGCCAGAACGCGUGGACGAUCGCUGGUCACCGGAAAAACGACGUUGUUUUGGCGAGGAGAGUGAGAGAGCUCUUGUCUCCGCCUUUCUAUUUGUUCUACACCGUGGUUCGUGGAUUGGCUGGGCCGGUGGCUCUUUACGAUAUGGCGGCGUUUUACGGCAGUGGAGCGGCGGAGGGAGCUGUUCCACGGUGGGCUUGGAUAUCGUGGCUCGUUGUGAUUGGCUCUGCUAUUUUGCUCAGUGUGUUGUGGGUUUUACGACAUUGGGUUGAUUGGUUUAGGGAGAAAAAUUCUAGCAAGAAAUUCAAAUGA